AUGUCUUCAGAUGAGUGGUCAACAGCUGAGGACAAAGGCCAGUUGUCCCGACUCCUCAGGAAAUCGAGAGACUCCCCCUUCGUCCCCCUGGGCAUGGCAGGCUUUGUGGCUGUGCUGUCCUAUGGUCUUUACAAGCUAAACUCCAGAAGAGAACACAAGGUGUCCCUUCAUCUCAUCCACAUGCGGGUUGCUGCCCAAGGAUGCGCUGUGGGGGCCGUGACUCUAGGUGUUCUCUACUCUAUGUAUAAGGAUUACAUCCGACCUCGGUUCUUCAAUGUCCCCAGAAAAUAG